CCUGAAGACCUUUCUGCAUUCUCUGUUUGCACAGUUGAUAGCGUUCCUGAAGAUGCAAAGCCACCGCGACAAGCGCAUAUCUCGCUCCAUCGUCUACGCCAUCCUCUCCGAUGACGAGGCUGAUAAGCGCUUCCGGAUAUGGCGGCCGUUGCGCACCUUUUUCAGACUCUACGGUCUCGUCCUCACAAGACAGCGGCCAGAAUUAUUUCGCAAACUGCGUACCGAGACUUGGAAUCUCCCUGAAGAUGAAUACAGGUCCAGCUUCAAAGACGCCGACUCCCUCAUGCCGGAAGGCGACAUGGGCUAUUCUGGCUCCACAUUCUUCAUCACAAAAGACAACAAAUACCUCAUCAAGUCCAUCCCACGACAGUUCGAGCACUCCUUCUUCCGCGACGACCUGCUGAAACCGUACGUAUCGCACAUGCAAUCACACCCGGAUUCGUUACUCGUCCGGAUCACAGACUUCCUGGGCUGGCACUACCGCAGCAUCGGCGGCAUCCUGGGCAUCGCUCCGUCAUACCACCUCGUCAUGGAGAACCUCUUGCACGGCCAGGCCGAUGAAGACUCAAAAUGGCAGACUUUCGACCUGAAGCCAAUGUCAUACUUCUUCCCCGAGCGGGAUAUUGCAGGCGGCAAACUGGCGUCGCAGGCCACAAAGUCCAAACUCGCAGAUGACUUCAACGACAAGCUCCUUCUGACCAGGGAGCAGGCCGAUGAAUUCUUCCAAGCGAUAGAAGCGGACACGGAGUUGCUCGCCCGCCACAACGCCGUAGACUACAGUCUGAUGCUUGUACGUAUUCCGCGAGAUCCAGCACCACAGCCGGAAGACCCUUUCAAAGACCCGCCGAAUUGGCGGACAGGCGUGCCCUCGCAGGAUAAUAAGUGGCUUGUCCGCGCGGUCAUCCUGGAUUUCUUCUGGGCCAAGCACAAGGUUCAUGCGAAGGCGAUGACAAUGUUGAUCAACGCUUGGAAUCUAAUUGAUCGGAAGGGGCCCAUGAGCAUUACAACUGAUGCACCUGAGUAUCGUGGACGGUUUCUCGAAAUGUGCAGAGAGAUGGUUGAGAUCAAAGAGAAUGCCGUGGUCGAUGCUUUGGUCGAUGCUUGAUCUCGCCGUUUCGGCUGAUGGGUGUGGUCAAGCCAGUUCAGCAUUCGGCCUCAUUUCUUUGACUUCACGAGCGAGCGAGCGCACUCGAUUCGGUCGGCGCUUGGAGUCGUUUGACGAUAGUACGUGUCCUAUCGUGCCCAAGAAUCGUGCCGCUUGUCAUUCCUUUCCUCCAGCGCACUUGGGUGCCAAGCUGAACAGCUCCCCUCAUUUUCCUCCUUCCCAGCCAGGUCAACAGACCUUGGGCAUCGAGAUCGUGUAUGCAAUACGAGAUUCGCGAGUCACCUGCCAGAAGUCGAGUAUUGACUCCGGAUGAAGUCCUCGACUUGCGCUUUCUCCUUCGCAUUCAUGCCGGCCACGCCACUAUCGACUUCACCCAUGUCUGGCUCUGACUUUUCGGCAGCCGUGGAAGGAAUAGUGUCCGGCUUUGUCUUACGUGACAUGUCCUUCAUACUCAUCCCGGCCACGCCACUAUGGACUUCACCCAUGUCUGGCUCUGACUUUUCGGCAGC